CCUAGGGUUUUGCGGUAGAGCCUCUCAUUUUCGUUCACUCACUCAAGGAGACCGAAAGAGAGAGAGGGAGAGAGGAAUCAAUGGCGCCGAAGCAGAAAACACCGAAGGUGAGCAGGAACCCUGAUCUGAUCCGUGGGGUUGGGAAGUUCUCGAGGUCGAAGAUGUACCACAAGAGAGGUCUCUGGGCUAUCAAGGCCAAAAACGGCGGAGUUUUCCCUCGCCACGACGCCCAGCCCAAGGCUCCCUCUCCCGCCGAGAAGCCUCCUAAGUUCUACCCGGCGGAUGAUGUCAAGAAGCCCCUCGUGAACAAACGCAAACACAAGCCUACCAAGCUCAGGGCUAGUAUCACUCCGGGUACCGUGCUGAUCAUACUUGCUGGGAGGUUCAAGGGAAAGAGAGUUGUUUUCCUGAAGCAGCUGUCAUCUGGAUUGCUUUUGGUCACUGGACCAUUCAAGAUUAAUGGUGUUCCUCUUAGACGGGUGAAUCAGUCUUAUAUUAUUGCUACUUCCACAAAGGUGGAUAUCUCUGGAGUUAACGUGGAUAAGUUUGAUGACAAGUAUUUUGCCAAGGAAGCUCAGAAGAAGAAAAAGAAGGGAGAAGGCGAGUUUUUUGAGGCUGAGAAAGAGGAGAAGAAUGUGCUCCCACAAGAGAAAAAAGAUGACCAGAAAACAGUGGAUACACCAUUGAUAAAAUUCAUCGAGGGUGUUGCAGACUUGAAGGCCUACUUGGCUGCGAGGUUCUCUCUUAAGUCGGGCAUGAAGCCCCAUGAGCUUAAGUUCUAGAAUUUUUUUUCUCAUCGUUACCUUGUUUUGUUUUGCUUGAACUUGGUCGUAGCAGAUGUACUCUUAAAAGUUCCAUUGGUAAUAGACAGCUAAAUUUGAUGUUGUGUUAGGUGAUGCAUUGUUUCAAGGAAUUUUCCUUUUUCCAAUUUUGGUUGUGCGGGUGCAAGUGCUACUGACUACCGAUAUAUAUGAUGUGAUUUGUUCUUCCAUA